AUGGUCCCAACGCUCGCUACUACCUCUACCUUACAAACGCUCACAGAAACCAUCAUCAGCACCGACCUUACCGCCACCCUCAGUACUAGCAGCGUUGUGCCACCCAUCCCUGCCAGCAAGACAUCCACAAUCACCACUAAACCCCCAACCCUUUCAACAAUCCUUCUCCCGACCUCGACAACCUUCAUCACCAUAACCAUCACCACUCCCUUCCCAAUCCAAACACAAACCAUAACCAUAACCCUCCCCUCCUUCCCCCCACCAACCCCCACAGCGUCAGUCACCCCCCUCCCCUCGCAACCAGCCGACGACCUCACCGAAGACGAAGACCACCUCCCUCUCUCCCCCUUAGACUCCUCCUCCUCUGAACCCUCCCACGGACAUACAGGCUUCCACCUCCACCAUCACUACGAAAUCCUCAUCACGGUGCUAGGAACCUACAGUUUAUUAUCCCUCCUAGCGGGUCUCUGGCUAGUGCACCAUCGGCAUGAAUACCUGCACCAGAACCCAGUGGGUGUUGCCACGACAGUGGGGCUGUUUAUGAUGGGGUGGCUGUGGCCUGUGGGGGUGGCUUGGGUGGGGGCUGUUAUCGUUGUCUGGGGGAAGGAGAAGGAGGUCAGGGAGGGAGGAAGGUGGGCUUGGGAGCAGGGAAAGGCAGGACCAAGAGAUCGCAUUAAGGAGGAUGGAGAGUGCUGGUUUGGGGGAAAGAGGUCCGGAAGGGGCAGGCGGAAGCCAAAGGGGAGGUGA